CUCCUGUUGGUGAUCGUGUAUCAAGAAACGUUUUUUGAUCCACUCUUUGCUUUUCCUGGGCCUAAAGCAGCCAUAGCCAUGCCUAGGAGAGUUGGAAAAGAAGUUGCACAGCAAGUGGAAAUUGCUCCUAUGAGUCCAAUACAUUCUCAAGGUGAAAAUAGUCUGGAGCACCUUCCGCCUAUUUCUCCCUUGGCUGAUCGCUCAUAUGGCAAUCCCAUAUAUCGCAAGGAUGAUGAGGAAAAUGUUGAUUUUGCUGAGUCAAGCAAUAAAAUAUUUCAAGAACUUCAGCAGAUAAGGAGGCUGCAAGAAGAAGCUAAUCAGAACAUAAAGCGUAGUCUAGAAAGCCUUCUUCAAGCCCAACAACAACAAACCUUCACUGCAGUUUCUGAGAGAACUAUGGAACAUGUUCGACAGCAGCAAAAUGUUCCAAGGCAACCCGGACCUCCAGCAAUGGAAUUGCCACAGCAAAAUCUUCCAGAUCCUUUGCCCGGGGGGCAUAUUAAUCAGCCACAGGUGGUGCAGCAAAUGCCCAAUGCUCAAAAUAAUGCUCUUGGUGCUGGCCAGCCGUAUCCAGAUUACAUAGAUCGGGAUAAUCCAUUUCCUCGUGGAUUCAAAGUGCCUGAAUUUACUUUGUUUUCUGGGGACGCAAGUCAAUCAACUAUUGAACACAUUGGUAGGUUCACUAUUCAAUGUAGGGAGGCAUCAGGUGAUGAUUUUUUGAAGUUGAGACUUUUCCCGAGUUCUUUAACGGAGCCUGAGAUAUCCAUGGCUGAUCUUUCUAGACUAACUCAACGGCCAGGGGAAUCUUCUGAAAAUUAUCUUAUGCGGUUUAGAAAAGCUCGGAUGAAGUGUCAUGUUGCCUUACCAGAGCAAGAGUUCGUGAAGCUUGCUCAAAAUGGUUUAGACAUUGAACUUCAAAAGAAGUUUGAGGGGAUGGAAUUCAGAGACUUCUUUGAGCUUUCUUAUAAGGUGGCACGUUAUGAGAACCUUUUAAGAGAGGAAUCCCAAAGAAAGGCAGCAUCGCAAGGAACUUAUUAUCAGGAUGCUUUUGACCUUGAUGUUGCUGAGGUCUUCGCAAACAAGCCAGUAACUUGUCCUAAUCUAGUGAAAGUCACUCAACAGGUUGAGGUGGCUGCAAAGCGUCUCCCGUAUGAAUCUAGGAGACAAUACACAUUUGAUGUGACUAAAGACAAGAUUGACAAAGGGCUGCUUCAUUUCCCUGAAAAACCCAAGGAAGCCAUGGGGGUUGAUGAGAAUCCUUUUUGGAACGUUGAUGUUGGAGUUAAUGUUGCUGACAUAAGUAGCGUCUCUCGAAGGACGUAUAAAAGGAUGGUGUGGAAGAGAAAAGAGAAUCAGGAAGUUGCUGUCCAGAAUGAAUCUCAGUUGAAAGUGCCACCUCCUAAGCUCACUUCAUUGAUCGUCAAUGAAAAUGAGUUGAAGGCAACUUUUGAAGCAGAUCAGCAAACAGAGUUGACUAGCGAUGAUAAUCUUCUUCAGGACAUGGAUGUUCUGCAGAUCAGUGACAUCUCUAUUAAUCUCUCUUGUUUGGUUCUCACGCUUCCUUUGGUUUUUCAAGCCAAGGGCAGCAAGACUACCCAUGUUCCUACCCAUGUUUCCAAUGGCAGCAUGUUUGUCGAAGAAGAAAUGAUAGAGGUUCCAGCCCAAGAAGAGGAAGAGGAGCAUGAUAUCCUCUCGGAACAAAUUAUCUUUAACAAACCAGAUGAAAAUGUGGCUCGUCAUAUAAAGCCACUCUACAUUUUAGCUCACAUGGAUGGAGUUCCAGUGAAUCGAGUCCUGGUUGACAAUGAAGCAGCAGUCAACGUCAUACCUUCUUUUAUGCUGAGUAAUUUGGCAAGACGUCAAUGAGUGCUUUCUUUGUUGUAGACUCUUCUGCAACUUAUAAUGCAUUACUGGGACGUGAUUGGAUCCAUUCGAAUUGGUGUGUUCCAUCU